AUGGGAAAAAAGUCAAAGUCCCAGCCCAAGAUGGACGACAAGCCCAAGGCUGCCGGUCUUCCUUUCGGAGGUGCUGCUGCUCUGGACCCAACAUUGUCCUCACUUUUCGCAUCAAGUGCUGGACCUGUGCAAGCUCCUACAGUGAAGUACGCUGAGCCUUACCAAAAGAAGAAGACUGAAGAGGAUGCCGACGAAGACGAUCUAUCCGCCGCAUCGGACGACGAAGAGAUGGAUGAUGCCCCGGAGGAGAGCGAAUCUGAGUCCACAGAGGAACAGCCUACAGAUACCCAGAACCGCAAGCGCAAGCGAGGUGCCGCCGCAGAAGAUCUUGAGGAGACAUACAUGCGCCGCAUCGCAAAGGAGGAGAAGAAGGAUGAAGAGAAGAGAAAAUCCGAACACGCCAAGCGCCAAAAGCAGACUGAAGCCGAGUCCGAAUCAGAGGAAGCUGAAGCAGCUGAAAGCGCCGGCUCCGACAAGGAACCAGGAUCCGAGGACAGCGACGAAGAGGAAGACAGUGGUCCCGCUCCCGUGCACGAGAGCUUGGCUGGUCCCACUCCCUCCAGCGAGGUCGAGAAGUCUAACCGCACAGUCUUCUUGGGCAACGUUUCCACCCAGGCUAUCAAGUCCAAGACCGCCAAGAAGACCCUUCUCCGUCAUCUGGCUUCCUUCUGCUCAACGCUCCCCGAAUCCAGCGGCCCCCACAAGGUCGAGUCGAUUCGUUUCCGCUCCGUUGCCUUUGCCAGUGGUGGUGGUAUCCCCAAGCGUGCUUCUUUCGCCAAGCGCGAGAUCCUCGACGAAACCACCCCUAGUACCAACGCCUAUGCCGUCUUCUCCACACUUCAAGCCGCACGCAAAGCCCCUGCUGCCCUGAACGGCUCGAUUGUUCUGGACCGCCACCUGCGGGUGGACAGUCUUGCGCAUCCUGCUGAGAUUGACAACAAGCGCUGUGUCUUCGUGGGCAACCUUUCUUUCAUUGACAGCGAGACACCCGAGGAAGAUGAGAAGACCGGCAAGAAGAAGAAGGUUCGCGCGCCCGCCGAUGUUGAAGAAGGUCUCUGGCGCAUUUUCAACACCCACAUCGGAGGCAAGGACAAGAAGACCCUCAAGAAGAACGUUGAGUUUGUCCGGGUUAUUCGCGACAGCACCACCCGUGUCGGCAAGGGCUUCGCAUACGUUCAGUUCUACGAUGGAAACAGUGUCGAGGAGGCACUUCUGUUGAACGAGAAGAACUUCCCACCCAUGCUUCCCCGUAAGCUCCGCGUGACCCGUGCCCGUAAGGUGGCCAAGAAGCGCGAGUCCUCUGCUCCUGGUGCGAAGAACUCUCGUGCCGAUGAAGCGAAGAAGACCCUGCAGGGACGUGCUGGCAGGCUACUGGGCCGUGCCGGUGCCGCUAAGGUCAAUGCCGAGGCAAACAGCACCAUUUCUGGUAACUCCUUUGUGUUCGAGGGUCACCGUGCUACCGAGGGAUCAUCAACCCUAAAGAUGAAGGGCAAGAGCCGUGGUUCCAAGGCCAAGAAAAAUAACCGAAGCAUGAAGCGGGCUGCGGCAUACAAGGCUGCUGGUGGCAGAAGGAACUAA